AUGAACAACGAAGAGGAUACCAUGAAGGUGAUCCAGGAGAUCCAGAGCAAGAUCGACCGCGAAAAGGUCUUCCUCAAUAGCGCAAGUGACAUGCGACGCCAAACCAACAAUGACAGCGUGCGCUCUAGGCUCGAUGUUAAGAUUGAGGAAUCCCAGAAGUUGAUCGACUUCUUCGAAGGAAAGCUGCAAGAAAUGCUGAGGAAACGCGAUGACUAUCAGAUGAGACGUCUGGGACAUGGUGUAGACAGCAUGAGUAUUAGCUCGGGCUCGACCACUGUCGCACCGGGCGUGGACUUUCGAGGUGAUGGUGAGGGACCGCCGCCGCCGCCGCCGAAAGAUGCCAGUGGGAGGACUACAGACAGAGGCUCUUAUGGUUCUACGCAAUAUGGAGGAGAUAUGAUGGCGCCUCGAUAUCCCUAUGGAUCAUCGGGACCUGGUGCAUCGGCUCCUCAUCCGCGUCCCAACUUCACCAAAUUAGAUCUGAUUAAAUCCAAUACUCCGCACUUGGGUCCACGCAUUCAGCUAAUGCUUACUCAAGUUCAGUUCAAGUUGAAUGUCGAAGAGCAAUACCUCAAGGGUGUAGAAAAAAUGGUCCAGCUAUAUGGAAUGGAAGGCGAUCGAAAAAGCAAGGCAGAUGCCGCUGCUAGGCGUGUUGAGAGUAAACAGAAAAUCCAUCUUCUGAGGCAGGCCCUCAAAAGAUAUGAGCAGCUUCAUAUCGACGAUUUAGAUUUACCCGAUUCCCCUGAUGAUGACAGCAUAAAUAUGCCUAACCUACGGAAACCUUUGUCAGGCCAGCUUUCUAUCAGGGUACAGCAAAUUCGUGAUGUCGACCAUGCCUCUACUGGCCGGUUUUCACGUGGCCCUGAGACAUUUAUCUCUAUCAAGGUCGAGGACAAUGUAGUGGCAAGAACCCGAGCUUCGAGGACUGACCGUUGGGAAAACGAGUUCCACAGUGUUACAGUUGAUAAGGCUAAUGAGGUUGAAUUGACUGUUUAUGAUAAACCAGGCGAGCACGCCCUCCCGAUUGGAAUGCUUUGGGUACGGAUUUCCGACAUUGUGGAGGAUCUUCGGCGGAAGAGGAUAGAGGCUGAAGUUAACAGUUCCGGUUGGGUAUCCGCUGAUAGAAUGGGAGGUUCAAAUGUACCGCCACCUCAAUUUCCUAUGAGUCCUCAACAACAGCAGUUUGGCGGCUCAGCAAACAUCCCGGGUGGCGCGCAGGCUCAAUUCGGUGGCAAUGCAGCCAUCAUAAACCAGCCCAUUGAUGGCUGGUUCAAUUUGGAGCCUACUGGAGCCAUACAUCUUUCGAUCAACUUCGUGAAGCAGAACAAGGACCGCAGGCCGGUUGAUCUCGGCCUGGGCCGAAAGGGUGCAAUUCGACAAAAGAAGGAGGAAGUGCAUGAAAAGUAUGGACACAAGUUCGUGCAACAUCAAUUUUACAACAUCAUGCGCUGCGCCCUGUGUGGCGAUUUUCUCAAGUAUUCCGCCGGCAUGCAGUGUGAGGACUGCAAAUAUACUUGUCAUACGAAAUGCUAUCCAAGCGUCGUCACCAAGUGCAUUAGUAAAACCAAUGCCGAGACAGAUCCUGACGAAGAGAAGAUUAACCACCGCAUUCCCCACCGAUUCACUCCGUUCUCGAACGUUACAGCGAACUGGUGCUGCCAUUGCGGUUCUAUACUGCCUUUUGGAAAGAAGAAUUGCCGCAAAUGCAACGAGUGUGGCCUUACAGCACACGCACACUGCGUUCACUUGGUCCCCGACUUUUGUGGUAUGAGUAUGGCUGUGGCCAAUCAAAUUUUAGAGGGUAUCAGGGCGAAUAAACAGAGGCAAAGUAAAGGAACCUCCCUAAGUGAAAAGACAUUGAGGUCUGGUAAGAUGAGCCCUUCGAGUUCGUCCGGACCAACUUCCCCCUACAGUAGCCAGGUGACGCCCUCGUACCAGCCGAGUCUUGCCUCCCAAGAAGCAACUGAUGCCGCCAAAGCCAUGUAUACAAGCCAGACGUCACCAAUACGUUCAAGCCAACCCGAUCGAACCUCGUCGAGCUCAACAGCUGCGGCCGCUGCUGCUUCAGCUGCCAUGGGUGGGACUAUGACUUCGCAUGGUUCUCGGCCAACUCCUACAUCGGAUUACUCUGGCCGACCAGGUGGAUACGGAGGCUCAAUGGAUUCCCACGAGGAUAGAUAUGCCAGUAGUCAACAGCAGUAUAACAUCCCUUCGCAGCCGAAAUACAACCCUGCUGCAUAUGCCUCUGUUGACAGCAACUUCACGCCUCAGCCUCAACUGAUGUUACAGACCCAACAGACUCGGCCGAUCGCUCAGCAAGGCAUAUCUUCGCCUCAACAGACUCAGCCUUCCAUGUAUCCUCAAAGCGUCCCAAUUUCAAAACCACAACCUAUGCAGGAAACUCCUUCGCUCACGACAGGCUCUGGCUUACCCCCGCCUACUAGGCGACCAUUGCCCCUUGCCACCGAUCCUGGUACUGGCCAGCGAAUUGGAUUAGAUCAUUUUAAUUUCCUUGCAGUGCUUGGUAAAGGCAACUUCGGUAAAGUCAUGUUAGCAGAAACUAAAAAGUCUCGGCGUUUGUACGCGAUCAAGGUUCUCAAGAAGGAGUUCAUUAUUGAGCAUGAUGAAGUCGAGAGCAUUAAGUCGGAAAAGAGGGUUUUCUUAAUUGCAAAUCGAGAACGUCACCCGUUCUUGACCAACCUCCAUGCCUGUUUCCAAACGGAAACGCGCGUCUACUUUGUCAUGGAGUAUAUAAGCGGAGGUGACUUGAUGCUUCACAUCCAGCGGGGCCAAUUCGGGACGAAACGUGCACAGUUCUACGCAGCAGAAGUGUGCUUGGCGCUAAAAUAUUUCCAUGAAAACGGAGUCAUCUAUCGAGAUCUUAAGCUGGACAACAUUCUUCUCACAUUAGACGGGCAUAUCAAGAUCGCAGACUAUGGUUUGUGUAAAGAAGAUAUGUGGUAUGGAUCAACAACAAGCACUUUCUGUGGUACGCCAGAGUUCAUGGCCCCUGAAAUUUUACUCGAUAAGAAAUACGGCAGAGCUGUAGAUUGGUGGGCAUUUGGUGUGCUGAUAUAUCAGAUGCUUCUCCAACAAUCACCAUUCCGAGGUGAAGAUGAAGACGAAAUCUACGACGCCAUUUUAGCUGAUGAGCCACUAUAUCCGAUCCAUAUGCCGCGAGAUUCAGUGUCAAUUCUCCAGAAGCUACUGACCAGAGAAGUUGACCAGCGCCUCGGUAGUGGGCCCACUGAUGCCCAAGAAGUCAUGAGCCAACCCUUUUUCCGGAAUAUUGUAUGGGACGAUAUAUAUCAUAAGAGGGUUGCGCCACCGUUCUUACCUACUAUCAAGAAUGCAACAGAUACUAGCAACUUUGAUUCUGAGUUUACAAGUGUCACGCCCGUGCUUACACCAGUCAAUUCAGUUCUCUCCCAAGCUAUGCAGGAAGAGUUCCGUGGAUUCUCUUAUACAGCCGACUUUGAUUAGGAUUGAUCUAUACCCAUGAAUAAAUCCGGGGCACAAUCUCUCAGGUCAAAUCUUGUAGAUCUAGCAAUGGGGCCAGAGAUAGGUGUGAACUGGGACAUAAUCCAUAUGCGAAUGACUUGGAUCAAAAUACCCGAACCGGGUCACUUUGGUACAGGCCUGUUACCUGUCAUAACAACAGGCGCCUGGCAACUGCUUAAAGCCUGCUGGCAUACACGUGCUUGAGUUAUGCCAGAGAAGUCCUGCUUGCAGAUUCGCAUU